AUGUCAGAUAACUUAUUCUCCAGUUGUGAUAACAUAUCGAUAACGGACUCGCUCUUUGAUGAUAAAUCGUUGACGUUUUUUACUCAAGAUGAACAGUUGGGUCUUAAGGUGCAGAUGAUAAAAUCAUGUAUUUCGCAAAAAUGCGGGUUUCUUUCUAGAUGUAUGCACUUGGGGGUUUCUCGGAAUGGGUUUGUUAACCAUAGUUUGCGGAGGCAGUUUUGGUGCCAUAUUCUUAGAAGAAGGGUGGAAUUGGAUGGGACGCUUGAUGAUAUGUUUUCUAGUGUGGGGGUGUCGAGUUUUGAGGAUGAUUAUGGAGAAGGGGCACAGCACCCUGAUGAGGCCCAGGUUGUUUUGGAUGUGAAGCGGUCUUUUGGGUUUAUUACCGAUGAGGUGCAGAAGAGCAAGCUCCGGUCUAUUUUGCAGGCUACUAUUAUUCGGUUUCUAAGGAAGUAUCCAGAACUGAGGUAUUACCAAGGUUACCAUGAUGUUGUCAGUGUUUUUGUGAUGGUGUUCCAAGUGACGCUUGAUGCCGAGCCUUGUUUUUCGCUUCUUUCUAAUCUAGAUGAUCACUUGACUACGAGUGUGAGUAGCAGCGUGAGUGACACUACGGUUUUGCCUGAGGAUAACGAUCUACAGUUCAAUCCCACGGAUGCGAUGUUUGCCGCUGUGGAGGUGUUUAGUUUGUUGUAUUUGCGUGAUUUUAUGAUGACUUCGCUAGAUUUCACCAUUGACCACUUGAAGAUCAUCCCCCAUUUGAUCCAAACUAUGGAUCCACUGCUCUACGAACAGUUGCAGUGGAAUAAGGUGGACCCCUUUUUUGCGUUGUCCUCUAUCCUCACCAUAUUCAGUCAUGAGCUCAAACCGGAUUACAAUGAGCUCUCCCCAUUAUACGAGAUUUUUGACAUGGUAAUCACCUCAGGGAGUAUGCUAGUGCCGUUGGUAAUAUACACACAACUAAUAAUCGAACAUAAAGAGCAACUACUGGAAAGUUGUGAAACCCAGGCAGAUCUUUUUGAUAACAUAACGGACUUGCUACAUGGUGUUAUCCAACAGGUAUUGCGGCUGCCACACACCACCGAACAAUGGCAUAGAGUCUUGGAAAGAAGUCGGGACUUUCUCGACUCUCAUAUCUUUGUGUCAUCAUCCGAUGAACUCAACAGCUAUUUUUGGAUAAAUCCUUACAGCGUCUUGAAAACCGUGCCUGCAAAUGAUGACCAAUAUACGUUAGAGGAAAUACAAAACAUAGUUCAACAAGAGAUAAAGGCGAACGAGCAGAGGAGAGCUGUUACUGUCUCAACCUCCACAUAUGCCAAAACCCCCACUAAUGUCUGGUGGCCCUAUGAACUAUUUGCUAAAUCUGGGCCAGUCUGGAAAUGGCCAAUUUACAUUGGAAUCCUCGCAUUAUUGUUGAAAGCUUAUACACAAAACCAACCAUCCCUAACACCUAUUGCACUUUGGCAUGCUGUCACUUCAGCUGCAUCAAUGACGGCUAACCAAGCUAUGUCCAUGUCCACCUCAUUCAGAUUCACGGGCGUGGGUGCACCAACAUUGUUUUUGGACCCUGUAAAAUCACUAUUUCAAACACACAUCUCUUAA